CUGUACUCAGAGUCUGAAGAUGGAUUGAUCUCUGUAUGACGGAGAACAAGACAUUAAGGUUGAAAAGGAGACUUAUGUAGGACAAUUUCAGAAACCAUGAAUAAUACAACUGCAAAUGCCAGCAAUGAAAGCAGUACAGCAGAGAACAGUGUUGAUCAUGCUUAUAUUCAUUUUACUAUAGCAGCUCUCAUCUGUAUAGUUAUCUGUCUCAUUGGCUUGGUAGGAAAUGUUACAGUAUUUUUGUAUCUUUGCAUGAAGAUAAAAAAAAACAAGUAUACCAUUUACAUUAUCAAUCUGUCGGUGGCUGACUUCAUCUAUUUGGUAUUUAGUGCAUUAACACUAAUGGUGUACAUUAAUUCACUAUUGAAUCAAAAAACAGAUUUUCCAGGGAAAGAAUCUUUUUUAACAUUUUUGGAAAUCUUUUAUGACUGCGCACAAUAUUCAGGAAUGUUUAUCCUCACAGCCAUCAGUCUGGAAAGAUGUCUCUCUGUCUUAUUUCCAAUCUGGUACCAAUGCCAUCGGCCUCGGAAUUUGUCCAUCAUCAUCUGUGCUUCAGCUUGGCUCAUUGGAUGUUCAGAAGGUCUCAUAGAGAAUUUGGUGUGCACACAAGAAGCUUUUAAGAGAAAGACUACAGAAUGUACUGCAGUUCAGAUCAUGACCUUUGGUUUAUCCAUUGUUAUCUGCUUACCUAUCAUGGUAAUUUCUAGUUUCAUCUUGCUCAUUAACAUACGGAGAACAUUCAGCGACCAGUAUCCAAUGAGACUCUACAUCAUCAUUAUCGUUGCGGUUGUUAUAUUUAUCUCAUCUGUCAUCCCAUUUAAUGUUACAUGGUUCUUAAUGUAUUUUAGACUACUACCAUCAGAAGAUCAUAUACUUGCUAUUUACUUUGCUAGUAUUUAUAGUACCGUGCUUAAUUGUGCACUUGACCCAUAUAUCUACUUCCUUAUUGGAAAAAAAUGGAAGCAGAAGACUAGUCAAACCAUUCAAGAUGCCCUCGAAGAAGCCUUCAGAAUAGAAAAUCAUAAAAAUAACAACUCAAAAAGUAAUAAAACAAGUGGCACUGCCACUGCCAGCCAGAUUCACCUUCCAAGUACUUCUUAA